CUGGAGUGCGGCAGAGCGAGCCGGAGCCGGAGCCAGGCGCAGGGCGGGCAGCAGAGCAGCCUCCCCGCUCCUCUGACCGGCUGGGAGGGAGUGGGAGAGCGGGACGCCAACAGUCCAGCGCGGCCGCGGCCCGGGCUGAUCCUGCCGAGCGCCGGACCGGAAUUUCCAGCCCGGCGACAGCGCCUGCAGGUUUUUCAGGUACCUGCUUGUCACACAGCGCGGCUCGUGAUCGGGCCCCCGCCUGCGCGGCUACUUAAACUGGGGCAAGGACACUGGCUGCGAGCGAGCAGCCCGGCCUCUGACGCGCCAGCCCCUCGCGCGCCCAGGCCCUGUGCAGAGCGGACAUGGCCACCGAGCAGCCCAGGGGCCCCACGGCGGAGCAGCUGGAGAUCCUGGAGCACAACUUCAGCAGGGUCAACAAGCACCCGGACCCCACCACCCUGUGUCUCGUCGCGGCCGAGGCCGGCCUGUCGGAGGAGGAGACCCUGAAAUGGUUCCAGCAGCGCCUGGCCGAGUGGAGAAGAGCCGAAGGGCUCCCGGCGGAGUGCGGCUCCGUCAGAGACUGAGGACGCCGCCCUGAAAACGGCUGCUUUUGCUCUCUCUUCGCACAACAGAUUUGCAUGCUGCUAAGUG